CUUCUCUCUGCCUCAGGUGGUACAGCAUCCUCUCUGUGCUUAUACAGGGGACACAAAGGCAUCGGAUUCCCCUGGAAUUCCCUUGGAAUAGCUGGAAUUACCAGGGCAGGUGCAUUGGACCUUAACCUGACUCGCCCAGAAAUGGUGACUCCACUGAUCAAGAAAUAUCAACUCGGAAUAGAGAAUGAUCAACUCAGAACAGGGAAAGAAACACUUCACACGGCAUAUGAUCAAUACAGAAGAAACAUUGAAACACUUGAAAAUAUACUUGUUCUACUCAGAAGAACAACUGAAACACAUGAAACAUUGAAUGAUCAAAAAAGAAUAGAGAAUGAAACACUUCAAACGGAACAUGAUCAAUUCAGAAUAGAUAAUGAAACACUUGAAAAUAUACUUGGUCUACUCAGAAGAACAACUGAAACACUUGAAACAUUGAAUGACCAAAAAAGAAUAGAGAAUGAAACACUUCAAACAGAACAUGCAGAUCAACUCAGAAUAGAUAAUGAAACCCUUCAAAAGGAACAUGAAACACGUGAAACUUUUAUUGAUCAACUCAGAAGGAUGAAUGAACAACUCAGAAAAGAGAAUGAAACACUUCAAACAGAACAUGAACAACUCAGAAAAGAGAAUGAAACACUUCAAACAGAACAUGAAACACUUCAAACAGAACAUGAUCAACUCAGAAUAGAGAAGGAACAACUCAGAAAAUGGAAAGAAACAUUUCAAACGGAACGUGAUCAACACAGAAUAGAAAAGGAAACACUUCAAACGGAACGUGAUCAACACAGAAUAGAGAAGGAACAACUCAGAAAAGAGAAAGAAACACUUCAAACGGAACGUGAUCAACACAGAAUAGAGAAGGAACAACUCAGAAAAUGGAAAGAAACACUUCAAACGGAACGUGAUCAACACAGAACAGAAAAGGAACAACUCAGAAAAUGGAAAGAAACCCUUCAAACGGAACGUGAUCAACACAGAAUAGAAAAGGAACAACUCAGAAAAUGGAAAGAAAGACUUCAAACAGAAAGUGAUCAACACAGAAUAGAGAAGGAACAACUCAGAAACGAGAAAGAAACACUUCAAACGGAACGUGACAAGCUGCGACAGGAAAUUGAUGACAGGAAAGCUCAGUUCGAGAAUGGCUGGCAGAAUUCAUAUUUGUUCCCUGACUGGAGGAAGAAAUACUACCAAGCUGCAAAUGUGACUCUGGACCCAUACACAGCCCAUCCUGCCCUCAUCUUGUCUGAAGAAAGACGAGUUUCUAUGGGGGAGAAACCUCAAGAUCUUCCUAGGAGCCAGAUGAGAUUUGAAUCCCUUCCCUGCGUGUUGGGUAAACAGUCCUUCAGCUCAGAGAGGCACUUCUGGGAGGUGAAGGUCAACAGCUGUACAGGUUGGGACCUGGGAAUCUGUCGGAGUAACGUGAUGAGGAAGGAGAGGACUUACAUAAAACCUGAGGAUGGCUUCUGGGCCAUUAGAUUUUAUAACCAUGAGUACUGGGCACUCACCUCUCCAAAGACUCAACUCACUCUAAAAAAGCCCCCUGGCAAGGUCUGCAUUUUCUUAGACUUUGAGGAUCAACGUAUCUCCUUCUACAACAUGACAGACAACAGCCACAUCUACACCUUUUCUCAAGGUGCUUUUUAUGGAUCCCUGAGACCUUUCUUCAGGCUUUGGUCCAAGGAUUCAGGACAUCUGGAUAUCUGUCCACUCCCUAAGGAGCCGGAAGCUUAAUGUUGACCCUAACUCUCCCCUCACUGUGGUUGUGCAUACAUAAUAUCCCCUAAAGAUUAGUGAGGGCUGAAACAUUGGUCAUGGCAUGGAUGUUCCUAUACUACAGCACAUUGUUUUACUCAGUCUUUCCAUUGCUCUUCCAAUCAUUUAAUUUCCCUUAUAAAUUGUUAUCAAAUAUUAUGUUGCAGUGUAACGCAAUUGUUGCUUAUGCUCUGAUUAAUACAAAUAUAUAAAUAAGCAUGUAAAUCAAAA